GUGUCACUCAGGAGCAAGCUCUGACCAGCGGAGGGAGUGACACAUCCUUCUCCACCUGCACCUUCCCAUCUCACCCAUCUUCACCUUGCUGUCAGUGCCCCCAGGCAGUAGGCAGGAGCCCUCCCUGUGCCUCUGCCAGAGAUAAGCUUGUUGAGUUGGUAGAGAAAAGCUUGGGCGAAGCCACAACAUUGACACUGUUACCUUGGAAAAGGAGUGGAGAAAGGUGAGACAAUGAAUGGACCUGUGGAUGGCUUAUGUGACCAUUCUCUAAUUGAAGAAGGAGCCUUCAUGUUCACUUCAGAGUCUGUAGGAGAGGGACAUCCAGAUAAGAUCUGUGACCAGAUCAGCGACGCAGUUCUAGAUGCUCACCUCAAGCAAGACCCCAAUGCCAAGGUGGCCUGUGAGACAGUGUGCAAGACAGGCAUGGUGCUGCUGUGCGGGGAGAUCACCUCCAUGGCCAUGGUAGAUUACCAGCGUGUGGUGCGGGAUGCCAUAAAACACAUUGGCUACGAUGACUCUGCCAAGGGCUUUGACUUCAAGACCUGCAAUGUGCUGGUGGCUUUGGAGCAGCAGUCCCCGGAUAUUGCCCAGUGUGUCCACCUAGACAAAGAUGAAGAGGAUGUUGGUGCUGGAGACCAGGGCUUGAUGUUCGGCUACGCCACCGACGAGACGGAGGAGUGCAUGCCCCUCACCAUCGUCCUGGCACACAAGCUCAAUGCCCGCAUGGCGGAGCUGCGGCGCACUGGUGCCCUGCCCUGGCUGAGGCCGGACUCCAAGACCCAGGUGACAGUUCAGUACACGCAGAAAAGUGGCGCCGUGAUUCCUGUGCGUGUCCACACCAUCGUCAUCUCCGUGCAGCACAAUGAGGACAUCACACUGGAGGACAUGCGCAAGGCUCUGAAAGAGCAGGUGAUCAAGGCUGUGGUGCCUGCCAAGUAUCUGGAUGAGGACACCAUUUACCACCUGCAGCCCAGCGGGCGCUUUGUCAUCGGUGGUCCCCAGGGGGAUGCGGGUGUCACUGGCCGCAAGAUCAUUGUGGACACCUAUGGUGGCUGGGGCGCUCAUGGUGGCGGGGCUUUCUCUGGAAAGGACUACACCAAGGUGGACCGCUCAGCAGCCUACGCUGCCCGCUGGGUGGCUAAGUCCCUGGUCAAGGCCGGUCUGUGCCGGAGAGUGCUUGUGCAGGUGUCCUAUGCCAUUGGAGUGGCAGAGCCGCUGUCCAUUUCCAUCUUUACCUAUGGAACCUCGGAGAAGACAGAGCAGGAGCUACUAGAGGUGGUGAAUAGGAACUUUGACCUCCGGCCGGGUGUCAUUGUCAGGGAUUUGGACUUGAAGAGGCCCAUCUACCAGAAGACAGCCUGCUAUGGCCAUUUCGGACGGAGCGAGUUCCCCUGGGAGGUGCCCAAGAAGCUUGUGUUUUAGAGCUGGCUGGUGUGGGCCUGACCUUGUGCUGCACACUCUCUUCAAGAUCCCAGAUGCUGUGUUCCCCCACCCCCUCCUGGCAUCAUGCCCACCCUGACUCUGCCCUUCCUGGCACAUCCUAGCCCUCUCCUCUUCCCUACCCUGCUAUCACCAUGGAUGCUGGGGGAGGGCAGGUAGCUUCUGGGUGCUCAGGGUACUUGUGAGUAAUGCCAUAAUGUCCCCCGCCUAUCUCAGAGCAGGGCAGUGUUGAUUCUGUGGGAGGGUUACCCUCACCAAGACAAAAUCUUCUCCCUCAGCCGUCACACAAUCCAGACCUGACUUCUGUGGCCCAGACACACCAAGCCCCCUUUUCAUAUGUGUGGCCAGUACUAUGGCCAAAGCCUUGGCCAAGCCCUACCCAUGGUGGACAUCUGAUGUCUUGUGAGCAACUGUUGGGUACAAGGGGCCAUGACAAUGAGCAAUCUCAUGUCUCCUUCCUUUGAACACGAUGAAGUGGUACCUUUUAGCUAUCAUAGAGUCCCACAGCUACACAUGUCAGGCUAGAAAUGGGCCCCCACUAUGGCAAAGCAGACUAGGACAAGGCUGUGGACCUGGUCCAGGCCUGAGCCCGGGUUGACUGAAAGUCAGGCAGUGAACCCGCUGCUCUUGGCAAGGCCAGUGUGAUAUUAUGUAUGAAAAUCUGCAGAUCCAGGGUGGAACCAAGAGCCAGUUUCACUAACUUGCUUGUCCUGGAAGAGACUCCAGAGCAGGCUGAGCAGUGUGGCCCUUCAGGUUGGGCUAGAGUUUGGGAAGCAGUCCCAUAACCUCAGCUUGCUCAUCUCUCAGACAUGUGGAUUGGGCUGUGGACCUCUGGAGCAUGUGGUCCAGGUGACAUCCACUGCCUCCAGGGAUCCCCUGGGGCAGGCACGGUAGCUUAUCCCAGCACAGUGUCCCUUGAGUGAAGGCUGAGACCUGUGACCUUUGAGUCCUUCCCCUUGGUGAUACUGUGGGUAAGUAGGGGCUCCUUUGGUUCCCCUUCCAGAGAGGCCAGUCCUGAGACCUAUGUGCCUUAUGGUCAUAGUACCCAGGAGCAGGGCUGCCUCUGGGUAGUGGACAAGGUGCCUAAUGUAUGGGGACAUUUCUGCCUUUGCCUGCUGGCUGCAGGAGGACACAUCUGCUCCCAAGAGGCCUGCAUGGGCCUUGGUCUACCAUGGCCUUGGAAGCCACAAAUGCUUCUGACUUUUCAUUGGUGGCUGGUGCCACAUGCCUUAUCUAUCCUCACCCUGAGCCCUGGGUGGCAGGCCUCAGUCCCCUUGCUAGCAGGCAGUCAGGACCCCAGCUCAGGAAGGGUCCUCCGUGGCUCUGGGGGAAUGCUGGGACCUAGUCUCUUCCCAAGGUGCACAGCACUGAUUCUGGCUGCAAGAGUCUGCCUGGCAGCCUUAACUGGGUCACAGGAACUUUGAUCUGGGCCUUGGCUGCCUCCACCACCUGAGCAUCUGUGAGACUCAGGUGCUCUGGUCUUUCUCAGGGCUGCUGUCUGUGUAGCAGCUUCAGCACCCUUGCAGCACAGGGAGGGCUGGGCUCACCAGUGUGAGUUCCUCCAACAUGGGCUGUUCUGAAAUGGAAACCUCCCCUUCCCCUGCAGAAAAGAUCUUUUUGGCCUACACUGUGCAUAUGAAUCUAAAGCCUUUAUUAAUAAUUCUUUCUAGGACAAUGAAUAAAAAAAAUAAGGAGCAA